CGAGCCCGCCAGGCUGCAGGGAAGCGCGGAAGAACGCGGGGUCCCAGCAGCGCCGCGCAGACGCAGGUCCGGGCGGUCGGUCCUUCGCCACUCUGGCGACUGCCGGGGAGGUCAGUCAGUGCGCCGCUCAUCCCCGCACAGCCCAAACCCGGGGGCUGGACCUCUCCAGAGGGCCCCGCGUGCCCGGAGUGGACUGCCCGUGCCUCAGCUGGGACGCUCUGGGGCUGCUGAACAGCACUUCCCUCCGCGUGGCCAGCCGCCGUGGGGGACCAUCCCACCCCUCCAGCUGCUCGCUCCUUCCUGCGACCCAGCGCAUCGCGGUCUCCAGCUCCAGCCGCGACGAGGCUCACUCUGCUCGCAGCUCCGCGGAGUUGCACUGGGCGCUGCAGCGGCCGAGUCGUGGGAGCCGCGCGCUCGGCAAGACCCAGGAGGCUGUAGGAGCCCGGAUAGCCUCUGGUUCGGCGGCACCAUGAAUGGCUCGGGUGGCCCCGGGGCCGAGGACGCGAGCGAGGCGGGCGGCGGGGGCAGCCGGCAGCCGGAGGCGGUCAUCGUGCCCAUGCUGUUCGCGCUCAUCUUCCUCGUGGGCACCGUGGGCAACGCACUGGUACUGGCCGUGCUGCUGCGUGGCGGCCAGGCGGUUAGCACCACCAACCUGUUCAUUCUCAACUUGGGUGUUGCCGACCUGUGCUUCAUCUUGUGCUGCGUACCCUUCCAGGCCACCAUCUACACCCUGGACGACUGGGUGUUCGGCUCGCUGCUCUGCAAGGCCGUGCACUUCCUCAUCUUCCUCACCAUGCACGCCAGCAGCUUCACGCUGGCCGCCGUCUCCCUGGACAGGUAUCUGGCUAUCCGCUACCCGCUGCACUCCCGCGAGCUGCGCACGCGUCGUAACGCCCUGGCGGCCAUCGGGCUCAUCUGGGGGUUGUCGCUGCUCCUCUCCGGGCCCUACCUGAGUUACUACCGCCAGUCGCAGUUGGCCAACCUGACCGUGUGCCACCCGGCGUGGAGCGCGCCUCGCCGCCGCGCCAUGGACCUCUGCACCUUUGUCUUCAGCUACCUGCUGCCCGUGCUGGUGCUGGGUCUGACCUACGCGCGCACUCUGCGCUACCUCUGGCGCGCUGUCGAUCCGGUGGCCUCCGGCUCCCGGCGCGCCAAGCGCAAAGUGACGCGCAUGAUAAUCAUCGUGGCCGCGCUCUUUUGCCUCUGUUGGAUGCCUCACCACGCGCUUAUCCUCUGCGUGUGGUUUGGCCACUUCCCACUUACGCGCGCCACCUACGCGCUGCGCAUCCUGUCGCACCUGGUCUCCUACGCCAACUCGUGCGUCAACCCUAUUGUCUACGCGCUGGUGUCCAAGCAUUUCCGCAAGGGCUUCCGCAGGGUCUGUGAGGGCCUCCUGCGCCACGACCCGCGCAGAGCCUCGGGCCGCGUGUGCGUCGCAGCGCCGGGCACCCGCGGCGGCAGCGCGCUGCAGCGCGAGUCCACAGACCUGACGCAUGUGAGCGAGGUGGCCUCGCUCUCCGCCCCUGCGCCAGCGCCUCCUAGGGGCUCGGCCUCGCGCCGGGUCCCAGGCCUGCCAUGGCUGGACCAAAACGCCCCCAACGGCAUCCUGGCAGUUAAUGUGACCUGAGCCUCACUUAGGGUGUUAAAAGAUUGGAGUCACAUGUCUGGGAAUCGUAGAUGGAGUUUCGCCUGUUAAUAAAAUGCGCAAACUAUUUCACGUGCA